AUGAGUGAAGCCUUUGAUGAUGUUAGAUUUGAUGAAAACUACGUCGUUCGAUACGGAAAUGAUCAUAUCUCGAAGCUAGACCAAGGAAGAGAAGUUCAGCUCUCUUUGGACUUGGCUUCAGGAUCGGGGUUUAAUUCCAAGCGUGGCUACGGUUCGGGAUUCUUUGAAAUGAGAAUAAAGUUGCCAGCAAGACAUUCUCCGGGAGUUGUCACUACAUUUUAUCUAAGUUCACAUCCAGAUAAUAAGCCUGGAAAUCAUGAUGAGCUAGACUUUGAGUUCUUGGGCACAGAAGGACCUGUAUUCUCUUUACAAACAAAUAUUUUCGCAAAUGACAAUGGGAAUAGAGAGCAAAGACUUCAUCUUUGGUUUGAUCCCACAAAGGAUUUCCAUAAGUAUGGAAUCCUAUGGAACCAUCGCCAAAUAGUGUUUUUUGUGGACAACAUCCCUAUUAGAGUGUUCAAGAACAAUACAAGGUUGGGAGCAAGGUACCCUUCACAAGAGAUGUCUGUGGAGGGAAGCAUAUGGAAUGGAGAAUCUUGGGCAUCAAGUGGGAAAAAGAUUGAAUGGUCUCAAGCACCAUUCCAAGCACACUACCAAGAAUUUGAUAUAUAUGGGUGUCCAUUUGGAGCCAAUUGCUCUUCUGAAUCUCAACUCUACUGGUGGAAUACAAAGGAGUUCUAUGAACUGACCCCAGAACAACAAAGAAUCUAUAAGAAAGUGACUCAGAAAUACAUGUUUUAUGACUAUUGUCAUGAUAGGGGAAGAAACUUCAAGGAAUGCCAAAUAAGAUAG